AUGACAAAAGGAUCUCAAACCAUAGAUGAGUUUCUCAAUCAUGCAAAAUCUCUUGUCGAUGCCCUCUUCUCCAUUCAAAAGCCCGUCUCCGGUGAAGAUUUUGUCACGGCUGUUCUCUUUGGCCUUAGUUCUGACUUCUCCAUGCUUAUCACCACCAUCCUGAAUCAACCCACUCUGCCAAGCUUCACAGACCUCCGCUCUCGUCUACUAGUCCUUAAGAACCAGACCUCUCCCUCCUCGGCCUCCGCAGACAAUACCACAGCCCCUCAUCACCACUCACCCUCCAUCUCAGCCAAGCUCAUCCACCUCUCACCAAAGAUCCUCCCAUCUGUGCGGUGGUUCUCGUGGCGAGGACCAGGAGUUAAAAACAAAAAACAAAAACAAAAAGAGAAGUGCUAUAUGCUCGAAGCACACAACAUUAAAGGAAGAGUUCACUAA